UAACUCAAAUGAAAAAUGGAGGUAUCAUCAUCAUCUUCAUCAUCUGCACUUAUUGCAUUCGGAAUGGCGUUUCGUCAUUCACCAAUCCCUUCUUCUCUCGCAAUUUCGGCUUCUGUGUCAACAACGGAGCCACACACUCAACCUUACAGAAAUUCCGUCAAACUUGGAAGCUCCAAAACCUUCUCCUCCGCAAGAAAAGCAGCCACACUCGAAGUUCGGAACGCUUCUGAUUUGGCCUCAGCUCUCGCAAGGGUAGGAGACGCGUUGACGGUCAAAGACCUCAAUGCCGCUUUGUAUCACUUUAAAAAGUCAAACAAAUUCAACCAUAUCUCUCAGCUAUUUUCGUGGAUGCAAGAGAACAACAAGCUUGAUGCCUUGUCUUAUUCCCAUUACAUAAGGUUCAUGGCAAGUCAUAAUCUUGACGCUGCUAAGAUGCUACAACUCUACCACAGCAUUCAAAAUCAGUCAGCCAAGAUAAAUGUCCUUGUAUGUAAUUCUGUUCUCAGUUGUUUAAUCAAGAAAGCCAAGUUCAAUUCCGCCUUAAAUCUCUUUCAGCAGAUGAAACUAGACGGUCUACUUCCUGAUCUUGUUACCUAUACCACGCUUCUUGCAGGUUGCAUUAAAAUAGAAAAUGGAUAUGCUAAGGCAUUAGAGUUAAUUCAGGAAUUGCAACACAAUAAACUGCAGAUGGAUGGAGUGAUUUAUGGAACAAUUAUGGCAGUGUGUGCUUCCAAUACUAAAUGGGAAGAAGCCGAAUACUAUUUUAACCAGAUGAAGGAUGAAGGUCACACGCCAAACGUUUAUCACUAUAGCUCUUUGAUCAAUGCUUAUUCAGCAUGUGGAAACUACAAAAAAGCGGAUAUGUUGAUACAAGAUAUGAAAUCUGAAGGGUUAGUACCAAACAAGGUCAUUUUGACAACCUUACUGAAGGUAUAUGUUAAAGGAGGCUUGUUUGAAAAGUCAAGAGAAUUAUUAGCUGAACUGAAAUCUUUGGGCUAUGCUGAAGAUGAGAUGCCAUAUUGUAUAUUCAUGGAUGGCCUAGCUAAGGCAGGACAAAUACAUGAAGCCAAACUAAUUUUUGAUGAAAUGAUGAAAAACCAUGUAAGAUCAGAUGGCUAUGCCCAUAGUAUCAUGAUAUCAGCAUUUUGCCGAGCCAAGCUUUUUCGGGAGGCAAAGCAGUUAGCCAAGGAUUUUGAAACUACUUCCAACAAAUAUGACCUAGUUAUACUGAAUUCAAUGCUCUGUGCUUUCUGUAGAGUAGGUGAAAUGGAAAGAGUGAUGGAAACUCUAAAAAAGAUGGAUGAAUUGGCAAUCAAUCCUGGCUACAAUACCUUCCAUAUUCUAAUCAAAUAUUUCUGUAGAGAAAAAAUGUAUCUAUUAGCUUAUCGAACCAUGAAGGACAUGCAUAGUAAAGGCCAUCAACCUGUGGAGGAACUCUGCUCCUCUUUAAUAUCCCACCUUGGUCAGGUAAAUGCUUAUUCAGAGGCAUUCUCUGUUUACAAUAUGUUGAAAUAUAGCAAGAGAACAAUGUGCAAGUCACUUCAUGAGAAGAUUCUGCACAUUCUCUUAGCAGGACAGCUUUUGAAGGAUGCGUAUGUAGUAGUCAAGGAUAAUGCAAAAUUUAUUUCUCGUCCAGCCACCAAAAAAUUUGCUAGUGCAUUUAUGAAGUCAGGUAACCUCAACUAUAUAAAUGAUGUUCUAAAGACCCUCCAUGAUUGUGGCUACAAGCUUGAUCAGGAUUUAUUUGCGAUGGCCGUGUCACGCUAUUUAGAUCAGCCUGAAAAGAAGGAUUUGCUUCUACACUUACUACAAUGGAUGGCAGGACAAGGUUACGCGGUUGAUUCAUCAACAAGGAAUUUAAUCCUCAAGAAUUCUCACUUAUUUGGCCGUCAGCUCAUUGCUGAGGUUUUGUCCAAGCAACAAGUGAAGUUAAAACACAAAAAUCUCACUAGUUAAAGCAUCCAAAACUCUACAAUUGAGGAGGCAGUGCUAGUCCUAGAUGACCUUUCUUAUGCCCCUUAGUCCCUAGCUCUAUGGUACAUUGCAUCACUUAAGUUUUCCCUCUUGAAUUUUUUCGAUUGAGCUGUGAUAAAUAGCUUAUCCACACCCAAGUUCUUGUGCUGUGGAUUGAUGAGUGUAUUAUAAUAGAUGUAAAUAUAUCGCGUCGAAUAACUUGGUCAAUAACCUGUCUUGUUUUGCAAAUUGAAACCUCAUCAAAAUGCUUAUGGCUGUUAACCAUCGUUUCCUAAUUUUCCCUCGCAUUAACAAGUAGAAACCUUUUAUCCCCCAGCCCCACCCAACAAAAAAAAAAAAA